AUUCCGUGACCCGGAAAUACUUCUUUAAGUGUUGCUGACUAGACGUUGUUGAAGCGUCUUAUUAACCGAAUCACAAAAAUAGAACAAGUAGACGGACAUUUCAACCAAAAUGUCAAAAUUACAGUUGUUGCAAGCGUUUUUCUCCGACCGAUUAACAACAGUGGCCGUAGAGAUAUCGGUGGCAGUGGAAAACGCGUUUGCCGAGUACCAGGAUGAGAUCUCUCGUUCAAAGGAGGAGAAUCAACGCCUGCAGAGGCUGCUGGAUUCGGUUUUUAAUCCCGAUCUGAAAUUACAUAAAGCAGACCCCCUGCAGCUCACUCUCACCGUCUCUGAAGACGAGGUUCCCUCUGACCAGCAGCACUCGGAGCAGGUUUGGAGUGAUCAAGAGGAAACAGAGUUCUUCAUUCCCUGUGUGGAAAGUGACAGUGACCAGGGCUCACACCUUUACCAAACUGGGAAGAACAGCAAGAGGGACUCCCUAUCCACAAUUGUAGCAGAACAGAUCCAAACAAAACCUGAUGGAGAGGAUGACGGAAUAUCAGAAUCAACCAGUUAUGCUCCCCUCACACAGUUAAAGCCUCUAAAAAUCAAGAGAACACGGUUAAAGAAAGGACAAAGCUCUUACAUCUGCGCUGAGGUCAAGACAACCAGUYAGCUGAUAGAGCCACUGAGGGAUCACACGAGGAAGAGGUCCUACAGUUGUACUGAAUGCACAGCAACCUAUGACAGACCGUGUCAUUUGAAAACACACAAGAGAACUCACACCGGUGAGAAACCAUUUGAGUGCAAAGACUGUGGUAAAUGCUUCAACCGCAAGUAUUGCCUGCACGUGCAUAUGUUAACACACACACGGGAGAAACCGUACUGCUGCCAUUAUUGUGGCAAAUGCUUCGCUCUAAACACAAGGCUAAUAGAUCAUCUGAGGAUACACACAGGGGAGAAACCAUACAAGUGCCCUUUCUGUGCCAGAUGCUUUACAUUUCUAUCUCACUUAAGUCGUCACAAGAAGCUCCAUACAGGAGAGAGGCCAUUUCAAUGCAAUGUAUGUGGGAAAUGCUACACACGGAAGGAGCACCUGACAGACCAUAUGAGAUCCCACACUGGAACAAAACCAUACAGCUGUAAGCAAUGUGGAAAAUGCUACAAACUGCAGGGAAACCUGAGAUCGCAUAUGGCGAGUCACACAGGGGGGAAAUCAUGCAAGUGCCCUGUGUGUGGACUAGGUGUUAUAAAUCUUAAUCGCCACAUGCAAGUUCAUGCAGGAGAGAAACCGCAUCAAUGCCAAGAUUGUGGGAAGUGCUUUAACCGAAAGGAAAAAUUGACAGAGCACUUAAGGACUCACACAGGAGAGAAACCGUAUCGAUGUCAUGAUUGUGGUGAAUGCUUUAGGCUCAAUGUAACCCUGAAGAAACACAUGAUGACGCACACUGCUGCGGCAAGUACUUCUCCAUGAAAGAAGAUAUGGGAACUCAAGAGGACACACACAGGGACAAAUCUGUUCACUGCUCAGUGCAUUGCAUGUUUCAGCAAUAUUGUUUAGAUUGAAUUUGAACAAUGUUUCAGUCAGAAGGGUACAAAAGCUGAAAAACAUACGCACAUCCAUUCAGAAGGGUACCUUGAACUGUGACAUGUGGUUUUAAACAGGACAGAAACUGAAUAGGUGCAAUGAUUCUGGUCAAUGCCCUAAUCAAAAGACAUGCUUG